AACAAAGCAUUAAAAUUACCUCCUUGUCACAGGAAAUGCAGUAUGCACACAAGAAAUCCGAAGUCUUAAAAUAAUUAAUGAUAUUAAACAUAAGGUUUUGAAAUAAAUUAUAAUGAGGGGCAGAACGAAUUCGGGAGUUAGGCUUGAUUAUUAUCAUAGGAUAGUUCACAAAGUCAUCAUGCAUCAUCAGAAUCCAGUUACAGGCUUGUUCCCCGCAAGCCCUGAUAACAAUCAUGCCUGGGUGAGAGACAAUGUAUACACGAUCCUUGCUGUAUGGGGUCUGUCAAUGGCAUACAAAAAGAUGGCCGAUAUGGAUGAGGAUCGGGCAAAGACAUACGAGCUCGAACAGAGUUGUGUGAAACUCAUGAGGGGCCUACUGAUGGCGAUGAUGCAGCAGAAAGCAAAAGUGGAGAAAUUCAAACUAUCCCAGAACCCUAUUGAUGCGUUACAUGCCAAAUAUAGCUCCUCAACAGGCCAGACAGUAAUCGGUGAUACGGAAUGGGGCCACCUUCAAAUUGAUGCAAUUUCUUUAUACCUACUGAUACUUUCACAAAUGACAGCCGCUGGGUUGCAAAUUGUGUUUACUUUGGAUGAAGUUGCUUUUAUUCAAAAUUUAGUUUUUUAUAUUGAAUCUGCUUAUUGCAUCCCUGAUUAUGGAAUAUGGGAAAGGGGUGAUAAGACCAAUCAUGGUUUGCCCGAGCUAAACGCUAGUUCUAUAGGAAUGGCAAAAGCAGCCCUUGAGGCCAUGAACGAACUUGAUCUCUUUGGGGCCAGGGGUGGUCCAUCAUCAGUAAUUCAUGUGUUGACCGAUGAAGCUCAAAAAUGCCAAACUGUACUGCAGUCGAUGCUGCCGAGAGAAUCAAAUUCUAAAGAAUUGGACAGUGGAUUGCUUUCUGUAAUUAGCUUCCCUGCUUUUGCUGUUGACGAUCCACAACUUAUAAAUGCGACCAGGGACGCUAUUACAACCAAACUGAUGGGGAAAUACGGCUGCAAAAGAUUUCUCAGAGAUGGAUAUAAAACACCAAAAGAGGAUCCAAAUCGGCUAUAUUAUGAACCAUCUGAACUCCAAAUAUUUGAGAAUAUUGAGUGUGAAUGGCCAUUAUUUUUCUGUUACCUGCUCAUUGAUAGCAUUUUUCGAAAAGAUGCUAAUGCAAUUUUAGAAUACUCGGAAGUUUUAGAAACAUUAGUAGUAAAAGGAUCAGAUGGGAUAAAGCUUGUACCUGAAAUGUAUGCUGUAACAGCAGAAAAUGCUGAUGCUGAAUUUCUUGAGCCAAAUUCGCAAUCAAGAGUACCUGUUGGACGGUGUCCAUUCCUGUGGGCACAAUCACUCUACAUUCUUGGAAAAUUACUACAAGAUGGUUUUAUAGCCGCAGCCGAACUGGAUCCUCUGAACAGGAGGCUUUGCUCAGAAAAAAAGCCAGACGUUGUCGUUCAAGUUGUUAUACUCGCCGAAGACGAUGAAAUCAGGGACAAGCUGAAACAUCAUGACAUUCAUGUGCAGACUGUAGAUGAGGUUGCUCCAAUUGAAGUACAACCUGCCAAAGUGUUGAGUCAUUUAUACGCUUUCUUAGGAAGGAAUGAAAAUCUGGGUUUAUCAGGAAGAAUCUGCAGAGAUGUUGGAAUGUUAAGCACUAGUAAACUUUACUCCCUUCAAGACAGAAUCUUUGCUUUCACACCACAGCUGACAGACCAGAGACACAAUUAUAUUGCCUCAGACGAAGAUGCGAUGAUUGACAUUGUCAAAUCUGAAAUCAACUUCUUAAAAUCAACUUGGAAUAGCCAUGGUCGGCCGAUAAUGAUAAUCACUUUACGACACAUAUACUUAGAUCACGGAAAGAUUCCACAACCAAUGAUUACAACAAUGAAAAAACUAAAAAGUGGCUACAUUAAUGCUACAAGAGUUAUACUUGGACAUUUGAACGACUUCCUGACGACAUCAUGCAUCACAAAUUUGAGCUUCUUAGGCUGUCAAGAGCUCGGACGUCCUGAUUAUCUUAAACCAGAGAUAGAACGAUACCUCGAACUGAGUCUGAACAAGAGCUUAAAUCCAAAGAUUAACUUGCUCAACAAGUCGCCAUUACCUGCAAACAAAUCUUCUUUGCGUAGAAAGAUGUCCGUGAAGGGGGCGAUCAAGAAGACACGUGCUAUCAUCAGCCCUGAAACUGAAGGAGGUGGUUACAUGUUGGACGAACAGAAACACUUAGAACAAAGCCUCCUGCAAAUUGAACAGGCUAGCGACAUACAAGCAGAAAGUGAUAAAUCAGAUGAGGUUCAAAUCACACUUAGAAAAGAACAAAAAUCUAGGUAUGCCCAUAAUGUACCAUAUGCUGCUACAGAAAUUGAAGAGCUUUUAGCUCUUUUCCACAACUCCGAGCAGCUUGAAGAGCAAGGUGACAUCUUACAGCACUUGAUAGGCACUCAGGGGUUAGACUUCAAAACAGGCUGGACGGAAGGUGGGGAACCCGUGACAUUGAGAGAUAUUUUAAAAGUGUUCUACGAAAAGACGUGCCAGCAAAAGCGCUGGGGUCUUGUAAGACACACUGCAGGAAAACUUGGGAAAAGGGUUGAAGACCUGGCCAAGGCAGUUACCACUCUGUUAGUACACCAAAAACAGGUCACUGUAGGAAUUCCACCAAUAAAUGAACACACAAUUACAGCCCCAUUGCCUGAGAAUGAGCUGAAGCAACUAAUACAUCAAGCAUAUGGUGAUGAUGAGAGCACUGCUAUGCUAAGCCAGGAAAUUUUAGUCUAUUUAGCUAUGUUCAUACGCACGGAACCACAGCUGUUCAAGGAAAUGCUAAGGCUCAGAAUAGGGCUGAUAAUUCAGGUUAUGGCCAUUGAGCUAUCGAGGGCUUUAAAGUGUUCAGGGCAGGAUGCUUCCGAACAUUUGUUGAAUCUUUCACCAUUUGAAAUGAAAAAUCUCUUGUAUCAUAUAAUGAGUGGAAAAGAAUUUACUGUGCAAAAUGUUGAAUGUGGAAAUAUUUUAAUUCAAAGAACUAAAUCUAUGAAGGUUAAUAAGAAAUCACAGGUUGGAACAGCUUUAUCAAAUGAUACAUGUAUCAUAGAAGAAGGGGAUAGACAAGGACAGUGGUUGAGGAGACGCCGUUUAGAUGGAGCGUUAAAUCGAGUACCCCGAGAUUUAUAUUCCCGAGUCUGGGGUGUUUUAGAAAAAUGUGAAGGUCUUGCUAUCGAGGGGAAACUACUUCAUACAAACUUAACCAAAGAGAUGACAUCUGGAGAGUUAAAAUUUGCUUUGGCAGUUGAAUCAGUUCUCAACACUAUACUUCAGCCUGAGUUCAGACAGCUUGUGGUUGAAGCACUGAUCGUACUUACACUUACCACAGAGCACAAUGUUGUAAAGUCUCUUGGUGGGAUAAUAGCAGUUGAAAAGCUUGUUCAUAAAGCAAACCAAAUAUUCCUCGAAGACCAGAUUCGCGUAGGAGGAGAUGCAGUAAUGUGCUGUGCUAAAGACGAAUCGCUACCUUGCAGUGGGUCGACAUGCGGUGGUGCUGCAUAUAUAUGCCAGCACUUUUAUGACAGUGCACCCAGUGGAAGUUACGGCACAAUGACUUAUAUUAUGAGGGCGGUGCUCUCUCUACUGGACUGUUUCUCGAGUGACGGUGAAAUUAAAUGUAAUCAAAUGUAAUAGUACAUUUUUUAAAAUUUUUUACCUGCAAUUUUAUUUGUUAUUUUGAACAU